AUAUUUGGGCAAUUGGUUGCAUAUUUGCUGAACUAUUGACUUCGGAACCUAUAUUUCACUGUCGUCAGGAGGACAUCAAAACAAGUAAUCCUUUUCAUCAUGAUCAGCUAGAUCGCAUUUUCAGUGUAAUGGGAUUCCCUGCAGAUAAAGAUUGGGAAGACAUAAGGAAGAUGCCAGAAUAUCCAACUCUUCAGAAAGAUUUCAGGAGAACAACAUAUGCCAAUAGUAGCCUCAUAAAAUACAUGGAGAAACACAAAGUCAAGCCUGACAGCAAAGUUUUCCUUUUGCUUCAGAAGCUUCUUACUAUGGACCCAACAAAGAGAAUUACCUCAGAGCAGGCUUUGCAGGACCCCUACUUUCAAGAGGAUCCUCUGCCUACAUCAGAUGUAUUUGCUGGCUGUCAGAUUCCAUACCCUAAAAGAGAAUUCCUCAAUGAAGAUGAACCUGAAGAGAAAGGGGAUAAGAAUCAACAGCAGCAGAACCAACAUCAGCAGCAAACAGCACCUCAGCAGCAGCCGCAGGCAGCGCCGCAGCAGCCGCAGCCGCAGCAGCAGAACAGCACCCAGACCAACGGGACGGCCGGGGGCGCUGGCGCCGGAGGAGGGGGCGCGGGCACAGGACUCCAGCACAGCCAGGACUCCAGCCUCAACCAGGUGCCUCCGAACAAGAAACCACGCAUAGGGCCUUCAGGCACUAACUCAGGCGGGCCUGUCAUGCCUUCAGAUUAUCAGCACUCCAGCUCACGCCUGAGUUACCAAAGCAACAUUCAGGGAUCUUCUCAGUCCCAGAGUACAAUGGGCUAUUCCACGUCGUCUCAGCAGAGCUCCCAGUAUCACCAAUCUCAUCAGUCUCACAGGUACUGAGGGGGCUAACAGACUGCACUCAGAAAGGAAUGGACUAAAAACCAGAAGACUCCAGCAAUAUGAAGUUCAUAACGAUGAGAAGAACCAAAAAUACAAACUAUGAUGCAGAUUUAAAAUUCACGAUGACAAAAGGAAAGCUUCACUCACUGAAGACUUCCCUCUGCCCCCAUGUCCCCGUCCCUUUAUUGCCAUAAAGGAGAUUCUCGUGAAGUUUUCCUUCCUCUCUGCCCUUGCAUGUGCUCCAUUGUGGUUACUCUAAUGAACCCUUCUGAUCUGAACCCAGCACUUAACUUCUUUAACCUUUGGAAUUUUGAAGGAUUCCUGGUGCACCUUCCUUAUGCUGUAGUGAUUGCCAUAAAUCUGUCUUUUCAAUCUCUUUGAUGGGAUUUUAAAGUUUUAAAAUCUUGAACUCCCAGGCUUUCAAGCUUGUAUAUAGUUAGUUUUAUACUAGGCAAACCAGUUUAGCUAUACAGGUAUAUUGCACCUUUUUAAAGCACUAUGUUAUUUUCACAGGAUAUUACUGUUUUGCUCAUGGAUGUCAAGAACAGCAAAAUUUUACUGUUCCAGAGUAUUUUACUAUUCUGUUUUUAUUAGUCUAGUUUUCAGGCGAGGUCUUAAAAAUAAUAAUUAAAAAAAAA